ACCCUCUCUGACAGGCAGGCAGCCGAGCCUGUUCCGUUAACUUGUGACUAAUUGGAGAAAAAUGAAUUUGAAGAAAUGCGUCAUUUUUAGAAGUAAAAAUAACAAAUGGAACAUGAAAAGUAUUUAAAGUGACAUCAUCAGAGAAAUAAAACCAGAGGCGCACCAUUGAUUGCCGCUCGCGGAGGGCUCGCAGUAAAACAUGCCUCCAGCUCGUGAGGCAGGGGAAGCACCAGGCAGGGGCUUCUCCAGGGACAGUCACUGAGUGAAGUUUUACAGCUCCGGCUCCAGCAGAGAAGGACCCGUGAGCAGCUGGCAGACCAAGGCAUCAUGCCACGUGCAUCAUGAAAGCUGUAGCAGCACUGGAGAAAGGAUGUUGGGAGCUCAGCCCUGCUCAGUGGAAUACUCCAUCCUGACCUAGCUCAGGCUCCAUGUGCAAAUCUGGGCUUACCUGGGACCCAGCACUGAAAAGCCCAUCUGCAUUCCAUGAACAGCGAAAAAGUCUGGAGAGAGCCAAGACUGAAGAUUAUCUCAAGCACAAGAUCAGAAGCAGGCCUGAGAGGUCAGACCUGGUCAAUAUGCACAUUCUGCAAGACUCGGCUGCAGAGGGGUCCAUUCAGUCCACCCAAAUGAAGCUGAAAAGAGCCCGACUGGCAGAUGACCUCAACGAGAAGAUCGCGCUCAGGCCGGGUCCUUUGGAGCUGGUGGAGAAGAAUAUUAUUCCUGUGGACUCAGCUGUGAAAGAGGCCAUAAAAGGCACCCAGGGCGGCUUUCCCCGGCAGAGCGACGCCUUCGCCUUCGAGGAGGACAGCAGCAACGACGGGCUGUCCCCGGAGCGGCCCCGCAGCCGCGGCUCCCCGGGCCCCGCCGAGCCGCCCCCCGGCUCCAAGGCGCCGGAGCCGCCUCCCGCCGGCCCUGCCGGGGCUCCUCAGGAUCGUCCCCCCAGUGCGGAUGGGCACGCCCCGGACACUGCCCCGGGGCAGGGCAGCCAGUGCGACAGCCCCAAGCAGCCAGCGGGACAGGAGAGCCCGACGCUGCCGGUGCCCUCUGCCGUGAAGUCCAAAUCAGCCAGUGACAGCAAGAACCGUCACAAAAAGCCCAAGGACACCAAGCCCAAAGUGAAGAAGCUCAAGUACCACCAGUACAUCCCUCCAGACCAGAAAGCAGAGAAGUCCCCUCCACCCAUGGAUUCUGCGUAUGCCAGACUGCUCCAGCAGCAGCAGCUCUUCCUGCAGCUCCAGAUCCUCAGCCAGCAGCAGCAGCAGCAGCAGCAGCAGCAGCACUUCAGCUAUCCUGGGAUGCACCAAGGACAGCUAAAGCAAUCAAAUGAGCAAAUGGUCAAAAGCUCAAAUCCUUCAUCAACUUCUGGCAACAACACCCCUCUUUCUCCAGUGAAAACCACCUUUUCAGGCCAGACUUGUGUCUCAUCUAUCAAGCCAGGCCCUCUGCCCUCCAACCUGGAUGAUCUCAAAGUGUCAGAGCUGAGGCAGCAGCUCCGAAUCCGAGGCCUGCCCGUGUCGGGCACCAAGACGGCGCUGAUGGAGCGGCUGCGGCCCUUCCAGGAGUGCAGCAGCAGCACGGUGCCCAGCUUCAGUGAGAUCACCACCGUCACCUUCCCGGUCACUCCAACGAGCACCCUGUCCAGCUACCAGUCACAGUCCUCCACCAGCAUGUUAUCAAACGGCUUCUACCACUUUGGCAGCACCAGCUCCACCCCUCCCAUCUCGCCCGCCUCCUCUGACCUCUCUGUGAGCGGCUCUCUGCCCGACACCUUCAACGACGGGCCCAUGGCUUCUCCACAGUUUGCUCUCCAGCCAUCACCAGUUCAUGGCAGCGCUGAGGAAAGCCUCAUGAGCAGCAUGAACGGUGGGAGCAUCCAGCUGGAACUGGAAGGAAUAGACACAGAGAAAGACAAGAUGCUGGUGGAGAAGCAGAAGGUCAUCAAUGAACUGACGUGGAAGCUGCAGCAGGAGCAGAGGCAGGUGGAAGAGCUGCGGAUGCAGCUCCAGAAGCGGAAGAGGAGCAACGGCCUUGAGGAGAAGCAGCAGCCUGCUCAGCAUUUCUUUGGUGUCCCCAUCAAGCAGGAGAACACCGUGUCCAGCUGUCCAUUUGCAUCCAAACAAAUGGCCCUGAAGGGCCAGGCCGGCAGCUCGGACAAGCUGAGUAACUGUGGAGUACCGCAGGUGCCCCACAUUGUGAACAGCCACUGCUUGGAGCCCGCAGGGCAGAGCACCAUCACCUCCUCGACAUUCCUGAGCCCGCAGUGCUCCCCGCAGCACUCUCCCCUGGGGGCUGCAAAGAGCCCCCAGCACAUCAGCCUGCCACCGUCCCCCAACAGCCACUACCUGCUCCCGGUGUCCCCCGAGGGCCGCAGCGGGUCCCCCCCGGGCAGCAGCUGCCUCCGCACAGCGCCGAUGGCUGCGCAGUCAGGCCAAAAGUUUUCUAUUUCAUCCCCAAGUUUUUGUAAGUCAAGCCCAGCCCUGUCAGAGGUAAAGCAGCCUCCACCCUAUGAGGAUGCAGUGAAGCAGCAGAUGACGCGAAGUCAGCAGAUGGACGAGCUCCUGGACGUGCUGAUUGAGAGUGGAGAAAUUCCAGCCAAUGCCAAGGAAGAUCGGUCCUGCCUGCAGAAAGUCCCUCAGAUAAUGGUGUCACCGGGCAGCUCGGGUGGCCCUGUCCCCAAGGGCUCUGCCCCGUUCGAGCCGGUGUCCUCGGCCCCGCUGCCCUUCGAGCACUGCCCGGGCAGCAGCGACGCUCACCUGGAGGUGCUGCUCAACGCCCACAGCCCCCUGGGCAGGGUCAGCGAGAUGGCCCUGCUGAAGCUGGGGGGAGAGGAGCCCCACUUCGAGGGGAUGAUGGAGGGCUUCUCCGGCAAAGCCGCGGACGAACUGCUCAACUCCCAGGAGAUUUUACAGACUCCCCUGUCGCCCAUGGACACCCAGCUGUCCCCUUCCCCUGCUGAAAGCUCUGCUUUACAAAUGAGUUUCACCGAGUCUCCGUGGGAAACAAUGGAGUGGCUGGACCUCACCCCCCCCAGCUCGGCCACCGGCUUCAGCUCGCUCACCCCCGCGGGCCCCAGCAUCUUCAACAUCGAUUUCCUGGAUGUUGCUGACCUCAACCUGAACACCAGCAUGGACCUGCACCUGCAGCAGUGGUGAAGGGACGUGCUGGGGCAGGGUGCUGUGAGCCUGCAGCAGGCAGCACAGUGCUCCUGCCGUGCUGCAGAACAUGCAGGGCUAACGUGCCUCAUCCAGGGGAAACUGGAGUCAUUUUCCCAGCAUAUAGACUUGUUUGAAUUUCCAGUCACUGAAAAUUGACAG